AUGGCCAAAGACGACGACUUCGUCCUCACACUCUCGGACGACGAGAACGAGCCUCGUUUCGAAGAAGAUGACGACAAUGAAAUGCAGGAUGCCAAGGCUGCGACAGACAACAAAAAGCGCAAGCGCGAAGUCGAUACCGCCAAGCCCAAGAACAAGAAGCAGAAGCAGCUUGAAAAGCAGCAAUUGAAGAGCGCCAAGAAGAACAAGAAGAAUGCUCAGCCCGAGCCCGAGCCCGAGGACAAGGCUGCGGAUGCGACAGAAGAUGACGGUGUCUUGAACCCCGAGUUUGAGUUCGAUGUCGCCGGUGCGGCUAAUCGUGGUGUCACCGAAGGCUUCGACGGCUGGGGUCUUGAGGACAGCGAGCAGAAAAAAUCAGGCGACAAGAAGGCUGUCGAUAUCGAUGACAUUAUCGAACGGAGGCAGGCGAAGAAGGCAGAGGCCGCUGCUAAGAAGCAGAAGAAGAUGGCUGCCCGCGGGGAGGUGGAGAGCGCAUCUGAGGAGGACGCCGACGCCGCAUCUGGCGACGAAAUGCCCGUGGACUUCGAGGAUGACGAGCUCAUGGCUGACGAUGCCUUUGGUAUGGGCGCGGAGGGCGCGGAGGAGAGUGAGGCUAGCGAGGCUGAAGGCCCCGAGCCUGGCUCUGGAGACGAGGGCUCUGAUGAUGAGGAUGCGGAGGGCAAUGAGGAUUCCGACGACGACGCUGCAUCUGACAAUGACUCUGUCGCUACACCCGUUGGUCACCCCGACGACCACGGGUCAGACGCAGGUUCCGACGCGGAGAGCGAGGUUGACGAGGAAGAGGCCGAGAAGCGCAAGGCCUUCUUCGCCCCCGAAGAGAAGACCGAUACCAAGGCCAGCCUGGCCAAGAUGACUUUCCAAGAGUUCAACCUUUCUCGUCCAAUUCUUCGAGGUCUGGCUGCAGUUGGAUUCACAGACCCCACACCCAUUCAGCGCAAGGCUGUUCCUGUUGCUUUACUGGGCAAGGACAUUGUCGGUAGUGCCGUGACUGGUUCCGGAAAGACCGCAGCCUUCGUCGUUCCUAUUCUGGAGCGUCUUCUCUUCCGCCCUCGCAAGACUCCCACGAGUCGUGUUGUGAUCCUGAUGCCCACUCAGUUUGUCCGUCUUCGUCCAGGACGGGAGGACAAGAGAAUUGGAUAUUUGCUGCACCUGUGCAAGGAUGUUUACACCAAGCGCGUCAUUAUCUUCUUCCGACAAAAGAAGGAGGCUCACCGCAUUCGCAUUAUCUUCGGUCUACUGGGCCUCAAGGCAGCAGAGCUACACGGUAGUCUGAGCCAAGAACAGGCUGUCGCCGACAGCUGGGCCCAGAAGGCCGAGGACAUGGCCGAUGAGGUGGCGGAGGUCCUGCAAGAAGAGAAGACCGAGAAGCAAUUCUCCCAGGCUGAGAUGCAGUUCACCAAGGGUGAGAACCUGAUGAAGCACGGGCACGAGAUCAUGUCUCGACCCAAGCGUACAUGGUUCGAGACGGAGAAGGACAAGAAGGUUGCUCGCAAGCUGGGUGCUGUGGAAUUGAACGGUCCUAAUGUCAAGAAAAGCAAUGUCAAGCUCAGCAACAAGGACAAGAAGCGUCUUGACGAUGCCAAUGAUCGCCACGAAGGCAAAAUCGGGUGGAAGAAGGGCAAGGGUGACGCGGAUUUCGCCAAGGCACCGAAGAGCAAAAGCAAGCCUAAGGGCAAGGGUGGUCCCAAGGGGAAAAAAUGA